UUUCGCUAAAUCCAGCGAUUAAACAGCCCACUUAUUUAAGUAAUUAUUCGCCAAAUUGUAGGUUUGGUUGAGUGCGUACCUGCACUGCCAAAUCUUGGCAGUAGGUGUCGGUAGGGUACAAUAAAACAAGUAGCCUAACAGACGAACGCAUGCAUGUCGUACGUCAGGUAUACCAUAUCGUUUAUGGUUAAAGCUUAAUGAUCCUCUCUAUAUUUUGGAUAGGUGUCUAAGCGUCGUGAGAAUGAGUUCAUGUAUAUUAGCCGGGACUGCUUUAAAGUUCGUCCUAGUGGGCGCUGUGUAGGCCUUUAGAUUAUUAUUAUAUAUAUUCUUUUUUAUUAUAGCCCCUAUAAUAAAAAAAAAGUUGGUAGGCUAUGUCAUUACCCAAACCGUCAAAGUUGCCAAACUCGCGUUGACUAUAUUAUUUUGCCCUCUGCUCUCAUCUGACAUGUCCUGGUCUUGGACUGGACCCCUGCCAAAAUUAUUACUGUCUACUUCUAGCAUAUUCCUACUGUCAGAGAUAAUAAAAGCUGUGCAACUAGUCCACAUCUUUUAGAUCAAGACAACCCAACCUUUUUCAGAUGUGUGUUAAUUAACUGCUGAUGCACUCCAGGCUACUUUUAGGCUUUUAUUUUCCUGUUUCCCUGUAUCUUUCUGUGUUCUGCAAUUGACUCUUCUUUUUUAUUUUCAGCCUUUCUUUUCUAUAUAUUUUUUUAUUUUUCAAUUGAACGUGUUUUAAGAUCUUUUUGUUUUAUCUUUUUGUAAUUGAUUUUAAAUGUUGUGCAUUGCUUGUUAUAAUACUUACUUUGACAUAGAAAUGUUGUUGGACCAGAAGCUUUGAUAAAAUGAUCUCCUGGCUAGGCUAUUAUAUGAGGAGCCUGAGCCAGAUAUUACCCUCAUCCACAUGGUGAUGUUCUGCUCCAUGAACAGCCAGAUGGUUUGCCGUCUGGGCAGCAAGACACAUAUCGUUUGAACAAGGAGGAGAAGGAACAUUAACAAGCGCCAGAGAAAGAAUUUGAGACUAUUGAGGUGAUGUGGGAGGGAUUACAACAUCCAUGUAUAUGUGAGACUGGAAGCUAAGGUAGCACUUUGCAAUCUCACCGCCUGAGCUCCCGGUUGCGCACCCCAGCUGCUACCGGUGUUACAUUGAUGCGGAGCAUCUACGCCAAACUUUAUACUUUAACACAACCUGCGCAAAACGGAUCCAGCCAGUCGACUCCCCGAAACGCAUGAGGAUUUUAUAUGCGUGUUUCCACGAGGAGAGAUUAUUUUAAAAAAGAUUUCAGUGGACUCUACAAACAUGGCGCUUAUAAAUAACAACAGCUUAUUUGUGUUGUUGUGUUUUGCAACCUUGUGCAAUUGUUUUGAUGGGACGCAGCAGCCCUGCAUGGAGAAGCACCGGGUGGUCGGAAUCCUCCGUCAGAUGGAGAAGUUCCUGAAGGGCCAAGAGAUGCGCUUCACAGAAGGGCUGCGCAUCAUGAAGUCCAAACUGGCCAACCUGCAGAACUCGGUGUCCAAGUUUCCCCAGGCCGACGAGUCCGCCCGUGCCCCACCUCUUACGUGUCCAGUCUUGGAGGCCCCAGCACACGGCAGGAAAUUUGGUUCCAAAUAUUUCAUCGGUCACGAGGUCCACUUCACCUGUGCCCCGGGCUAUCACCUGGUGGGUGCUGGCACACGGCUGUGCCAGGAGGAUGGCACCUGGAGUGGGGCGAACGCCAUCUGCAAAGAUGUGAGUGAGUGUACCAGUAACCCCUGCCAGCACGGAGGCACCUGUGUGGAGAGCGUCAAUCAGUACAAGUGCACCUGUCCACAGAACUGGAGCGGGACACACUGCCAGCACCAGACGCAGACAGCGCCUCCCGAGUGGAGCGUGACCAACGACCCGGCCUUCAGCCGACGGCCGCGCUGCGCCAAGGUGGACCAGGCCCAGCACUGCAGCUGCGACGCCGGCUUCCACAUGAGCGGCACCAGCGACAACAGCAUCUGCCAGGAUGUGAACGAGUGCGAGGUGUACAAGUCGGAGCGUGGCGGGCAGCUGUGCGUCCACGCGUGCGUGAACGUCCCGGGCUCCUACCGCUGCUCCUGCCCCGAGGGCUACAGGCUGCUGCCGGACGGCCGGAGCUGCGAGGAUGUGGACGAGUGUCUUACGCAACAGCACAACUGCUCCCAGGGGAAGACCUGCAUCAACACGGGCGGCGCCUUCCAGUGCGUCAGCCCGGAGUGCCCGCGCCCGCACGGCAACGUCAGCUACGUCAAGACCUCACCCUUCCAGUGCGAGAGGAACCCGUGCCCGAUGGACAGCCGCUCCUGCCACCUGGCAGCCAAGACGGUGUCCUUCCACUACCUGUCGCUGCCGUCCAGCCUGCAGACCCCUGCGACGCUCUUCCGCAUGGCCACCGCCUCGGCCCCCGGCCGCCCGGGGCCGGACAGCCUGCGCUUCAGCAUCGUCGGCGGCAACGCCCGGAGCCUGUUUGUGAUGCAGCGCUCCGACCGGCAGACGGGCGAGCUGAUCCUGGUGCAGCCGCUGCGCGGGCCCCAGGAGGUGAGCGUGGACAUGGACAUGUCCGAGUACUCCGAGCGCACCUUCCAGGCCAAGCACGUGGCCAAAGUGCACAUACUCGUGUCGCCCUACAACUUCUGAACGGCUCGCCUCACAGCCAAUGAACAAAUCUAAAAAGUUGUGAGAUAUAUACUAUAUAUAUAUACUGUAAAUAGAGUUGUAUGUGUUUAUGUGCAUCAAGUGGAAUGGCUGAACAACAUGAUAUGCAAAUAUUGUGUUUGUUUCCAUCCACAUGCGUGACUGACUGACUGAAUCUCUUUUGUACUUAGUCUGAAAGGUAUAUAUGUUUUGAAAUGUCUUCUGAUUUUUUUUAUUAUUGACAGUGACAAAUCUCUGAGGAAGUACUGACACUGAUGUUUGGAUUUUAUCUUACAAAUAUCAGCACAAUGCGUGAUCAGAUGCUAUAUACAGCAGAAAAACAAAGUUAAUCGUGAGAGAAAAUGUGUGUUGUGUGUGUGUGUGUGUGUGUGUGUGUGUGUGUAUCCGUGUGUGUGUGAUGUUUGGAUGUGUGUGAUGUUUGGAUUUUCUCUUACAAAUAUCAGCACAAUGGGUGAUCAGAUGCUAUAUACAGCAAAAAAACAAAGGUAAUUGUGAGAGGAAAUAUGUGUGUGUGUGUGUGUGUGUGUGUGUGUGUGUGUGUGUGUGUGUGUGUGUGUGUGUGUAUGCGUGGGUAGGUGCAUCUGGAGAAGUAUGUGGUACUCAUUCUAUGUAAAUGAAUAUAAUAGCUGUGUGCAUACUUAACUUUUUUCUUUUUACAAAAACAUACCAAACAGUUGCAUGUAGUUGAAAGAGUUAGUUUCUCCAAGCAAGCACUCCAACAGAGAGCGAUUGAGUUGCCAAAGCAGCGUGCACCUCUGCUCUUGAUUUUGCACUGCCGUUACUAGAUCUAAGAAACAACAAACACUUCCUGGGUAUUCUUACUGGAUGCUAUUCAUUUGAAGAAGCACAUUUCAGACCAUUGCAAUAUGUGUUUUAUGCACAGUUUUAAUCAGUUCAUUUGAGGAUGUUACCACAUACUGUAUUGUCUGUUUUAUUGAUAAAAACCAGGACUACA